GACACACGUGAGGGCAUCAGUUCCAUUGAACGAACAACCGAAGUACAUUGGUCGAAAGGGAUACGCUACACAAAAUAUAAUGGUUGUGUGUGAUUUUAACAUGUGUUUUACAUUUGUGUGGGCCGGAUGGGAGGGGACUGCACAUGACACGAGAAUUUUCAAUGAAGCGUUAGAGACGCCGGAACUUCAAUUUCCACAUCCCACGGGUGAUAAAUAUUAUGUUGUUGAUGUCGGAUACCCAAAUACUAGAGGGUAUCUUGCUCCAUACAAAGGUACGAACAUUCGUUAUCAUAUACCGGAUUUUCGACGUGCACAAACUAGUGCUAUGCGUGCUCCUCGCGGACCCAAAGAGACCAAUAAACUAUUACCACUCAUCAUUGCGAAAUAUCAUUGAACGUACUUUUGGAGUGUGGAAAGCUAGGUGGGCGUUAUUGAGAGAUAUGCAUGUUAAUUUCACGUACGAACACCAAGUGAGUAUUGUGAUGGCGUCGAUGGCAAUCCAUAACUAUAUUAGAAAGGCCGGUGGGUUUGAUAAAGCAUUUGAUAGGGCACAACGAGAAUCGUACAGGCCUAGACGAGGUGGUACUAGCGAUGAAGUUCGCGAAGAAGUUCAGGCUACACGCCGUACAAGUGAUGAUGAUAUGUAUAUGUCAGCGAUCCGAGAUAUCAUUGCGGGGGAUAUAAUGACAUUGCAGAGAUGAACAUGACAUCAUUUCAAUUGUAUGGAUGAAUGUACUAUGAGAACUAUGGUGGUAUUAUUGUGUUUUAACUUUUGUAAAAGACAUAUUUUUUA